AUGGAACAAAGAGAAAACCAGAAGCAGCAAUCUUUGUUUCAUGGGAAAUUUACUCAAUUGGUCCUCUCAGUUUCAGUUUUUUCCCUCUUGUUUUCUCGUUCAUAUUGGCUGUCAUUGCUCCAUUAUUGUUUUACGUUAAACCUACAUGAUACACUCCCUUUCCAGCUGUUCAGCCACAACAUAGAUAAGAACUGCAUGUUCCUUCUCUGCAAUGGCCUGCUCGUUUUCCUUGCGAAAUUCUCGGGAUUCAUCGGUUCAUCGGAGCACGAUAAUUUCCGUAUUCUUGAUCAUGACAACAAUGACGACGGCGAUCAGUGUUGCACGAGCUUUGAAGAUGUUCCCCGAUUCAAUCAGUCCAUUGCCUUGGAGAACAAGGCACCGUUGCUGCAGAAAGACGAAGCAUUAAGGAACGGUACUUCAAUGGAAGAAACACAUGAGGAGGACCAAGAAAAAGAUGGUGAAAAAUGGGGUUUGGAUAUUUUGAUGGAAAAUGGUAUUUUUGUUGAAGACGAAGAUUCGAAGGAGUCGAGCACAGAUGAUGAGCUGAACAAAAGGUUCGAUGAAUUCAUCAGAAAAAUGAAGGAAGAACUGAGGAUCGAAGCUCAACGACAACUAGUCAUGGUUUAA